AUGUCCGAACUCCGCCAGAGACAAGUUCCUCCAACAUCCUCCUCGCCAUCCAGCAAACCCCCCAAGUCGAAAGCACCGCGACGAAGCAGCCAUGCCCGCAGCAGCAUCGGCAUCCUCGACAUCAUCCGCGUGCUGGUCACGCUGGUCGUCGCGUCCUGCGGCCUGUCCUACUACAUGACCGGCGAGUCCGUUCUCUGGGGCUACCGGCCCUGGUUCACCAGAUGGCCAUUGCUAGUCCGCUACAUUCAAGGACCCCUCGCACUCACGCCCGCCCAACUAGCCCUCUACAACGGCACCGACGCCUCCCUCCCCAUCUACCUCGCCGUGAACGGGACCAUCUUCGACGUCUCGGCGAACCCGCACGUCUACGGGCCCGGCGGCGGCUACAGCUUCUUCGCGGGCCGCGACGCCACGCGCGCCUUCGUCACCGGCUGCUUCCAGGAGGACCUGACGCACGACCUGACCGGCGUCGAGGAGAUGUAUAUCCCGCUGGAGAGCGAGGAGGACCGGGCGCUGGGCAGCGGGGAGCGGAAGAAUCGCCGCGCGCAGGACGUGAGAGAUGCCUGGGCCAAGGUGCACAGGCAGGUGGCGCACUGGGAGAACUUCUUCCGUAACCAUAAGAAGUACUUUGAGGUGGGGAGGGUGGUGGGCUUGGAGGAGCUGCCGACGGAGAAGAGGGAGUUGUGUCGCGCGGCGGCGCAGCAGCGGCCCAAGAAGCGGCAAGGGAAGUAG